GUGAAAGCUAUGCACUGCGCAGAGGCUGGGAAGGCUUUAAUUAAAUUCAACCACUGUGAGAAAUACAUCUACAGCUUCAGUGUGCCCCAGUGCUGCCCUCUCUGCCAGCAGGACCUGGGCUCGAGGAAGCUGGAGGACGCACCUGUUAGCAUCGCUAAUCCAUUUACUAAUGGACAUCAAGAAAAAUGUUCAUUCCUCCUCAGACCAACUCAGGGGACAUUUCUUAGGGAGUAUGAUGGAAGGUCUGAUCUUCAUGUUGGAAUAACUAACACAAAUGGGGUUGUGUAUAAUUACAGAGCACAUGGUGUCCAGCGAGAUGGAGCAGGGUGGGAACAGAGCAUAAGCAUCCCAUUACUGCAGCCCAACAUGUACGGAAUGAUGGAGCAAUGGGACAAGUACCUGGAAGACUUCUCCACCUCGGGGGCCUGGCUGCCUCACAGGUAUGAAGACCACCACCAUAACUGCUACACUUAUGCACUCACGUUCAUUAACUGCAUUCUGAUGGCAGAAGGUAGACAGCAACUGGACAAGGGUGAAUUUACGGAGAAGUACGUGGUCCCGCGGACAAGGCUGGCAUCCAAGUUCAUCACACUCUACCGGGCGAUACGGGAGCAUGGCUUCUGUGUCACUGACUGUCCCCAGCAGGAGGCGCAACCCCCUGAGGGCGGCGGUUUGUGCUGAGAGCUAUGUAAGCGCAGCCCGGACGCUGGGGGUAGGGUGGUUGCUACCUUUAAUCAGUACUAUGGAUUUCUAAAUGCAUUUAACUGUGGUUAAUAAAAACGUGUAUGGGCCGGGCGCGGCAGCUCAUGCCUGCAAUCCCAGCACUUUGGGAGGCUGAGGCAGGUGGGUCACCUUAGGUCGGGAGUUCGAGACCAGCCUGACCAAAACGGAGAAACCUCGUCUCUACCAAAAAUACAAAAUUAGCCGGGCAUGGUGGCGCAUGCCUCUAAUCCCAGCUACUAGGGAGGCUGAAGCAGGAGAAUUGCUUGAACCCGGGAGGCAGAGGUGGGGAUGAGUUGAGAUCGUGCCAUUGCACUCCAGCCUGGGCAACAAGAGUGAAACUCCACCUCAAAAAA